AUGCAGGGCUGGGGCCGCGUGCUGCGGGCGGCCGGGCGCCUCCGCUCGGUCGCUGCCAGCCCCGGGGCCGCCCGCGGAGCGAGCUGCGGGCCCGGCGAGCGGCCGGGGGGGCGCGGGGCCGCGCUGCCCGCGGGGCCGGACCUGCGGCACUUCCUGAGAGCCGCCGCCGUGCCGCCGCCCGCCGGGGAGCCGCGGCCCGAGCCGGAGCGGGGCGCUGCCGCCGGGCCCGGCAGAGUGUACCUGGAGACCUACGGGUGCCAGAUGAACGUCAGUGACACGGAGAUCGCGUGGGCUAUCCUGCGAAAGAACGGCUACACGAGGACAAAGGACGUGGAUGAGGCCGAUGUGAUUCUGCUUGUUACCUGUUCUGUGAGGGAGAAGGCUGAGCAGGCUAUCUGGAAUCGCCUGCGGCACCUCAAGGCACUGAAAGCCCGGCGGCACCAGGGUCGCCUGCCUCUCCGCAUCGGGAUCCUAGGAUGCAUGGCUGAGAGGCUUAAGGAGGAGAUUCUGCACAGGGAGAAGCUAGUCGAUAUCGUGGCAGGCCCCGAUGCGUACCGUGACCUUCCUCGGCUGCUGGCCGUGGCUGAGUCUGGCCAGCAAGCUGCUAACGUCCUGCUGUCGCUAGAUGAGACUUACGCAGAUAUUCUGCCUGUCCAGACUAGCGCAGGUGGCACGACAGCAUUUGUAUCUAUCAUGCGGGGCUGUGACAACAUGUGUAGCUAUUGCAUCGUGCCCUUCACCCGUGGCCGCGAAAGGAGCCGCCCCAUUGCUUCCAUUCUGCGGGAAGUGAAGAUGCUCUCAGAUCAGGGGGUGAAAGAAGUGACUCUUUUGGGUCAGAAUGUCAACAGCUUUCGAGAUAUGUCUGAGGUGCAGUUUCAGACAGCCGCUGCCCCUGUCCUCAGUCGUGGCUUUAGCACCGUCUACAAAGCUAAGCCAGGAGGAUUGCGUUUUGCACAUCUUCUAGACCAGGUUUCCAGAAUUGAUCCAGAAAUGAGGAUCCGUUUCACUUCUCCACACCCCAAGGAUUUUCCUGAUGAGGUCCUGCAGCUUAUCCAGGAGCGACACAACAUCUGCAAACAGCUCCAUCUCCCAGCCCAGAGUGGAAGCACACGAGUCCUGGAGGCCAUGCGACGAGGAUACACAAGGGAAGCAUAUUUAGAGCUCGUACACCACGUGCGUGACUCCAUUCCAGGAGUGAGUUUAAGCAGCGAUUUCAUUGCGGGUUUCUGUGGGGAGACAGAAGAAGAUCACCAGCAGACCGUGUCCUUGCUGCGGGAAGUCCGCUACAACGUAGGCUUCCUGUUCGCUUACAGCGUGAGACAGAAAACCCGGGCGUAUCACCGGCUGCAGGACGAUGUGCCUGCAGAUGUAAAGCGGAGGCGUCUGGAGGAGCUCAUUGCUGUCUUUCGAGAGGAGGCUGCAAGAGCGAAUGAGGCGAUGGUGGGCCAGUCUCAGCUGGUGCUGGUGGAAGGGCCCAGCAAGCGCUCUGCCUCGGAGUUGUGUGGGAGGAACGAUGGCAACAUCAAAGUGAUCUUCCCUGAUGCUGAGAUAAAGGAUGCCGCAGGCUGCAAGGCUCUGGUCAGAGCCCAGCCAGGGGACUAUGUUUUGGUGAAGGUAACCUCUGCCAGUUCUCAGACCUUGAAGGGAGUUCCGCUUUGUCGUACCACCCUUGCCUGCUCUACAGCUUGACACUGUCCAGUGGCAGCAGGGAUGACU